AUUACCUUUGGUAGCUACCAUGGAAUCAGUCUUGGUCUCUUUUCUCCUGUAGGCAUUGGGAGCAAGGAAAAGGAGUCAAAACCCCAGCAGGAAGACCUUAAAGGGGCAUUUGCUGGGCUGUCAACUGAGAGGUUUGGGGAAGCUGCUGUCCCUGGACCUGGGCUGGGAGGAGCCUGUGAACAGGAGCCUGGGGAAUCCGGGAGUGGCCUGCUAGGACUUCCUGCUUCGCAGCACAGUGUCUCCUUGCCUGAGGAUCUCAAAGCGCAGAGUUCCUUCUGGAAGCCUUUCCAGUGCCCCGAGUGUGGGAAAGGCUUCAGUCGGAGCUCCAAUCUCGUCAGACACCAGCGAACCCAUGAAGAGGAGAAGUCCUAUGGCUGCGUGGAGUGUGGGAAGGGCUUCACCUUGAGGGAGUACCUUAUGAAGCACCAGAGGACCCAUCUGGGAAAGAGGCCCUACGUGUGCAAUGAGUGCUGGAAGACCUUCAGCCAGAGACACCACCUGGAGGUCCACCAGCGGAGCCACACAGGGGAGAAGCCCUACAAGUGUGGGGACUGUUGGAAGAGCUUUAGCCGGAGGCAGCACCUGCAGGUGCACCGGAGGACGCACACCGGUGAGAAGCCCUACACCUGCGAGUGCGGCAAGAGUUUCAGCAGGAAUGCCAACCUGGCUGUGCAUCGGCGAGCCCACACCGGGGAGAAGCCCUAUGGGUGCCAGGUGUGCGGGAAGCGGUUCAGCAAAGGGGAGCGGCUGGUCCGACACCAGAGGAUCCACACGGGAGAGAAGCCUUACCACUGCCCCGCCUGCGGUCGGAGCUUCAACCAGAGGUCCAUUCUCAACCGGCACCAGAAGACCCAGCAUCGCCUGGAGCCCCCGGUGCAGUGAGGGCACCACCUGAGGAAUCCCUGCCCCAGGGUAUCCUUCAUCUUUUUGAUGGGCUUGGAGGACAAGCAGUGAUGGCAUGCAGGAAGGCUCUCGGGCCAUUUCCUUUCCACUGACUCAGACCCAGGCGGAGGACAAGUCUGGCUUAUUGAGAGCUCCCAGAGGGCACAGCCACCCAUGCCUCCUAUCUAAGUGGUGCCUAUGGUUUUUCUGGUAACCUUUAAGGGAAACAGUAUUCUGAACUUUAGUUCAGGCCGGGAUUUUUCCGUCAGUUGAGUGUUUGGACACACCUCCAAGUCCAGUAGUAGGGGCAGAAUUUUGUCAGUGGUUGGCAGCUUGAAGCUCAUUAUCCUGGGUCUCUAUCCUGCCUGUGAGAUCUGGCUCAGACUCACCCCACACUUUUCCAUUUACAAAUAUUUAUUAAACACCUACUAUGCUCCUGGCACUGAGAAUACCGUGGUGAAUGACAGACACAGAUAAUCCUUGUUAUCACAGAGGAUUCCAAAGUGCGUUGUGUUGCAAGGGCCAUGUGAGGGCCUCCUGUCACAUUCUGCCAGCCUGCUCCUUGCUGGACCUCACCUCGGCCUCCACCCCGCUGGGAUCUUCUCUCAGGCAGCCUCCUUUGUUUUGCUUCAUUUGUAGCCUUUUUCUCUGAUUGUAAUAUUCUUCCCUCAUCUGUAAAGUUUUCCCAUCCCAGCAUAUUCCUUGCACUAUAACAACAGCUAUUAGGAAAUUAAUAUUUUGCUAUUGAUCAUGAAUAAACAUAAACUGUAUUUUUAAAAAAUGUUGCAUUCUGCCAAAAGAUUAGAUUAAAUGAGUCUGAAAGGUGAACUAGUAUUAAUGCCCUAUAUCAUGGCACUUUAUCUGACAUAUAAAAAUGCUUUUCUAUAUUUUUAAAAAAAAAUUUUUUAUUGUUUUAGUUUUAGGUGGACACAGUAUCUUUAUUUAAUUUUAUGUGGUGCUGAGGAUUGAACUCAGUGCCUCAUGUAUGUUAAGUGAGUGCUCUACCACUGAGCCACAACCCCAGCCCUUUCUAUAUGUUCUUAUCUGAUUCAUUUCAUAAGUAAUUAGGCCCUGCAAUGUGCCUGGAACUCUUCUGGUACUUGAGAUACAUCAGUGAAUGUGAUAGGGGAAAAUUUCUAACUCUGCAGAUUGCGUGUUUUAGUGAUGCACUUGAUCUUCAGAAUCUGUGGAUACUUCCAUGAGCCCUCUGGGCCUGGCAGGUGUUCUUGGUCCUGUUGGCGUACUUUCCUGAGUUGCAGUCACCACCUAUCUCUUAAUAGUCUCUGUCCUUUUCAUCUGGACCCUUACUUCCCGAGAUACUUGGGGUCCUGGACACCAAUUAGAGAUGAUAAAGUGGUAGUGACCUAUUUUUCAUGAGUGCUGAUUCAGGAAAACUGAUGUUUGUAGGCAUUUAUAACAUUUCUUUAAGAAUUAGAAGCUGCAGUAUUUUUAACUGUGUUUACAUUUUCUUAUAUUAUUUUGCCAUCAAAAAGGGUUUUCUUGCUGUUUGAGAUUCUGGGCCCGGCAUAAUGAGGAUGAAUUGCACUGCAGCAACAUUGUUAUGCUGUGCCUUGAACACUGGCUGCUAAGUUUUUCUUUUGUCAACUGUGUGUCAUUAUAAUUGCAAGAUGUCAUUUGUUUGAUGGUACCUUGUAAUGUCAUAUUCUUUGAGAUUUCUUUCCCCCAUUCUGCACUGCAAAUGAGAUAAGUGGUAGUGAUGAGCAUUUGUAUUACGCAGUCCACUUGGAAACAUGUGCUUUUAUCACCUAUUUCCUGGCAGGCAGCCACAAGUUUAUUUUUGACUUAGCAAAUAACCCUUUUGGUCCUCCUGGCUUAUCUGUGGGGACUGUGAAGUUGUGCUAAACUAGGGUGAAGUGUUAUUGAGUCAUCCACACAGGGCUGCUGCAGAGGUCCAUAUGGAAAACCAGUCUCCCAGCCCCCCAAUUCUUAGACAAGUUUGGCAAGACAGCCAGUGCCCUGCCAGCCAAGCCCAGUUGGAGGCUUCCUGUCCUCAGGAUUUGGGAUAGACUCGCUUGAGUGUAUUUUUUCCAAAAAAUCUGUCUCUCAAAGCCAGGCAGGGACCAUGGAGGCUGCUGUAUUAGUGUCUGUAUUUACUUGAAUUAAGUUAUUGAUUGAUUUUGAUCAUGCACUUAGCUGAACAGGCCUCUGGGUUUUCAGCCAGUUGGAAUCUCUUGAGAGAAACUUCAGUAGGAGCUGAGCCUUGCCUUCCUGCUCAUUUGUCCUCUUCCAUGUCUGCUCUGAGGCCAAAGCAUAUGGACAAUGUUUUCAAAAAGCUUCCAUUAAAAGGGAGUUUUUCCCAUGGAAUUAUAGUAGCCUUGUUUUUUAUACCCAUUGAAAUGUCAAAUAUUUUGCUGUUUUCUAUACAUUUCUAUUCUUCUGGAAUUUUAUUUCAUACCUCUCUCUGUUUAUUAUCUACCUAUCUGUAAAUUUUCUGAAGUCUAGGACAUGUGAAAGAAAGCUCAGGAGAAAUCUUUCAUUAGGAAGUUAAUGAUCUUGUAUCUUUGGGCACAGUUGGGGUUCACCACUAAUACAAAAAAGUGAUAUCUAAAAUUUUGAACUGUUUAAUAUAAAAAUCUAUAACAGAAUUGCCAACCCUCAGAAUUUCCUUGAUGGCUACCUUCUCUCUUUUCAUGGGAACCAUUUUAUAAUAGAAAAUUUCAAACGUGUAAAUGAAUCCUUGUGUAGUCAUCAUUUGACUUUUAUUUUAAACUCAGCCAAUCUUGAUUUCUCUCUACCCACUGCUUCCUCCUUGUCUUCUUCCCUCACUGAAGUGUUUUAAAGCACAUUCCAGAUGUUUAUAAAUAUUUUGGUGUGUGCCUCUGAAAAGUAAGAGCUCUUUAAAAAGAUGAAUAAUUCUUUAGUGUCAAAAUAUCCAAUGAUUUUU